AUGGCCGUCUCUGCUGCUGGUGACGUACUUGGUGGCGAAUACGAUGUCGUGAUAUUCCUCAAUGACAAGAUUCACGACCUCGGUGUCGCUGAGUUAGCCCCUAUCGAAAAGGCACUCACUGCCUAUCAACAUGUUAAUCCCAAGGUGGAGACCACUCUGGACAUUCUGCCCUUCCCUGAGCAUCCCUGUCAACGACUGAUAUUCUCUCCAACUGGCACCCUGAACGGUGAUACAGAUGACAGUCGAAAUAUCUACGAUGCCGCCGGGGCUGGAAUUAAAAAGGCACUGUCCAUUGGCUGCCGGUCUCCCCUUUUGGUCCUCGGGCCUAUCUCAUCCGCCCCCGCAGAUGCCGUUUGGAUGGAGGAUGAAUUUCCGGUGCUAAAUGCUGUCCUGGGUGCCCUACAUGUGCUGUACAUGCCACUGGAACUUCGUGAAAUUCACCCCGAGAAGCCCAGCAAAUAUGACAAGCUUGGCGUGUUCAACGCCAGUCCGAAGGUCCUUUUUAUCGCUUCGGCCAUUGAAGAGGGCAGAAGGGUGGCCAGAGAUAUUGGCGGUUCCGACCCCGAACGAAUGGCAGCCCCGAAAAUCGCCGAGUACCUGAAGAAGGAGUUCCAAAAUGUGCCCGAGGUGUCUGUUGACAUCCAGGAAGUUGAGGAAAAAGCAUAUCCUCUGAUGGCUGCUGUUAAUCGUGCGGCUGCCCGUAAUGCCCGACACCGCGGAAAGGUCGCCCACCUGACCUACAAGUCCUCCACCGUGGAUACCAGCCUCUUCUUGGUGGGCAAGGGCAUCACCUACGACACCGGUGGUAAUGACAUCAAGGCUGGUGGCGUUAUGGCCGGAAUGCACCGGGACAAGUGCGGAGCGGCCGCUAUUGCUGGCUUCUUUAAAACUAUCUCAAUCCUUAAACCGCCGGGUCUGCAGGUGUUUGGUUAUCUAGCCCUAGUGCGAAACAGCUGCGGCUCAGACGGCUAUGUUGCUGACGAACUGAUAACUUCGCGAUCUGGGUGUCGCGUCCGUGUCGGCAACACAGACGCUGAAGGUCGCAUGGUGAUGACAGAUCUUCUCUGCGAGGCUAAGGAACAGGCUGUCAACUCCAAGAACCCUUACCUCUUCACAGUCGCCACUCUCACCGGCCAUGUCAUCAGGGCGUACAAAUUCUACACGGCCCUCAUGGACAACGGUCCAGCAAGGAAGUUGGCAGUAUCCCAGAAGUUGCAAAGAGCCGGCGAACGAGUUUCCGAUAUGGCAGAGAUAUCAACCGUCCGCCGUGAGGACUUUGAGUUCACUAAAGGGCACACUGAACUCGAGGAUGUUCUCCAGUGCAACAAUCUACCCAGCAGUGGAACUCCACGUGGUCAUCAGUUUCCAGCAGCUUUCAUGACAGUCGCCAGCGGCCUAGAUAAGCAUGGUCUUGGUAAUGAAAAGCCGCUACCGUAUACCCAUAUUGACGUGGCAGGGAGCGCUGGACUAAUCGGUACCACACCCACGGCUGCGCCCAUGAUGAUGCUUACCAGUCAUUUCGUCCUUCCCAGACUAUGA